AUGAGUAACAAUUUAGAUGAAUCUGUGGUAAGUGAUUAUGUUAAUUUUGGUAAUGGAGAGCUUGUGGGGCAGACGAGUUUUCUUGACAAAAUUCAUCAACAGGAGAUGAUUGAAAGGCAACAGCGAGUGAAAACUGUCCUGCGCAAAGGAAUAGCCCCGCCAACGGCUGAAGAACUUGAGUCUAUUCUCGAACGGCGGGCGAAGUUCACUAGCACAAAAAAGCUUCAGAAGCAUAUAGAAGAUACCGAGAGACGUCAAGCAGAAUGGCGGGAUUAUGUGACGUGUAAACCACACAUUCGUGAAUUGGCCACGCCAUUGCAAGUGAAGGUGGAAACAACCGGUUUGGAGGGACGCGCUGUUAUUUUAUCUCCAUUGCUUGCAUUGUUUAGAAUGCUCUUGUGUGAUAAUCGCGCAAAGAGACGACUGACAAAACUUCGCACAAGAAAAUCAGCACAAGUAAGUGAUACAUCUGCACUGAACAGUCGACAAGAGGGUUUACUGGAGGCUGUCAGUGUUGUGGAGGAACAUAUGAGUGUAGCACCGGCACAUUCCAACCGAUUAGCCCCAAUGCCAAAUUUGUUUCUAAUGACAUCUUCCUUCGAGGUAAAGCCUUUACGUAACCCGUUUGUCUUUCUCUCCAGAGAGUAUCAAAUGGAACGACUCCCUGAGUUUGCACUUAAUCUCUCCAAAGCAGCUAGUAAAGAGUAUGCAACCUACACUAAAGCCGAUUAUAGUGAACCUACUGCAGUGAUUCUUUCAGAUUUUGUGCAGCCGUUUGUGAUGUUAGAAACAUUUGAUGUCACUAAACGAGCUCAUGAUACUGUCCAUAGAGAAAAUCUUGUGCUGGGGUAUGAGUCUUUCAGUACUGUACCGACAACACAAAGUACAUUUAUUGCAGGAGGAAAAAUGGAGGUUAUGCGUGGUACAGAUUCCACUACUGGGAAUAAUUUGUUGCCGGAGGAAUCAUCUUAUGCUGGUCUGCCUUUGAAGUUAAACGGACCACUGGCAGAUGAUUCAAUGAGUGAAAGUGACACUGAUGAUGUUUCAGUGGUUUAUAAUGCAGAUAUUUCGUGGUUACCUCAGAUCCCUCUGCAAAGAGUAGGAAAUGGAAAAGAGCCUCAGAAGCCCUUGGAUGGGACGCCGUCGUGA